AUGGCUCCAGCCUUUUCAAUCCGCCUCGCGGCAACAGCCCUUUUCGCCCUCUCCGCUUCAGCACAAUCACUAUCAUCGUCCCUCGACUCUCUCCUCCACCGAACUGUCGAUGAUGUUCUCAAACGGCCAUACGCUGCCCUUCUAACAACGGAAUCGCUAUCCGAACGCGAUGGCCAGAACUCCACAGCCGACCAGGCCCCUGCUGGUGAGAUCCCUCUCAACAAGGAUGGCUCAAUGAACAUGACGGCAUGGAACAUGAACACCAACUCUGCAUGCCGGACCGCACUUGGAGGCCUGCACAAGAGCACGAAUCCUUCGGGCACCUGCUUGUGCUACAACUUGCCAUCUUUGGAUAUGAAGACAGGUGUUUUCGAGGCUGAUCUGCGGUUGUACCAAGUAUCGGCGGCGAGAGGCAGUUUCGCCUCUGUGGCACCAGAGGAUAUCAAUGUCGGCAUCUCAUUCAAUGGCGCAAGUGUUAUGCCCGUUCAGCCCAAUGACGUGAACGGCACAGGCUUGGUUGGCAAGAAGCCAAGUAUGAGCAAGAGGGCCGACGGGGGAAUGGAAUUGUUGCGAUCAUACAUGCUGGUUGGCCAGAUCAACGCUGACAAGAUGACGGGUAACAUGACUAUGGACGAGCUCGAAUCCCAUCUCAUGCCAGUUCUUACUCUCACUGCUCGCAACAGCAGUGGAAGUAUGAUCCGAACAAACGUCUCAGUCAACGAAGCCGCCUUCCUCACCGGCGUCUUCUCCCAAGACGUAGUCUUGUCCGACUUUGCCAUGGCCCAAGCCGCAGUCAGCGAACAGGUUGCUGCCCUGGCCAACGGCACCGUCGCCUUCAUCCUGCCUGGCGUGGAGCUCAUGGUCUUCCCUAUCGGAUUGAUCAUCAUGAGCGUGUGGCUGCUCACUUUCGUGGUAGUCGUCGGUUUCGGAACCUACGAACGCUACAACUAUGCUCUCAUGUACCAGCGCAGACAAGCCGUUACUAUACCCAGAAAAGAAACGAUAUGA